UUGACCACUGGUCUUGCUAGCGAGGGAUGAUGGGAGUUGUAGUCCAAAAACAGCUGGAGGCCCAAGGUUGGGGAACAGUGGACUAGGUGACCCUCGCCUCCCCCUUCCCGCUCUACAAUGAACAAAACGGGGGGGGGCAGCCUUUGCCCAGGCCUUGUCCACGCAAAUCCAAAGCCCACGAAGAAGGCGCGCUGCGGCCUAGAUGCUGAAGAAGACGCCUCGCCCCUCAGUUUGCCCUCAGGGGAAGGCUGCCCCCCCCGCCCCAAACUCGGCAGGCGCAACUCGGCCGCUCAUGUUUGGCCCGCUGCCACCGACCAGAGGCGAAGAGAGGCGGCUGGCAGCCCUCGGUGACUGGGCUGCCGCGCGUGGGUUGUGAGGCAUGCUGCCCGUUCAUGGAGGGGAAGUGGGGCCUUCCUUCAGCCGCCGGCCGUUGGCGAGCUGAGGCGAAUGUUCUCCUCCGCCCGCGUCCCAGAGGCGGCCGUUGGCCGGAGAGCGCGCGCUGACCGCGUGACGGCCUGUCCAGGGGGCAGUGGCAGCCCGGUCGCUAGGCAACCGCCAAGCGGUCCCUGCCGGGGUCGGGGUGGCGAGAGCGGCCGCUGGACGGAGGGCCCCUUUCCCACCAUGGAGGCCAUUAAGACCACGGCGGUGUUUCAGAGCGUGGACCCCUCGCUUAGGGCCUAUUUCAAGAAACACUCCAUCCCCGACAUCUAUGAGGCCCUGUUGUGUGGUCUGCUAGCUAUGCGUCCAGAUGAUCCACUCAAGUUUUUAGAAGAAAAGCUCAAAGAAGUAAUGGAAAAAGGUCUAUAUAGUAUUUUAUGGGACACGUGUAUUGAUCCAGACCUAAGUCUAAGACUAAAAGCGAUUUCAGAUACAUAUUUACACACCCUUUUGGGACUGGAUGAUGAUCAACUAAUGACUGAGGAUUUAUGUGAUAAAGCAUGGGACUUUUAUAGCAUUAACUUAAAGAGAAUGUGCUUUGAUGCCUGGACAGAGUAUUGUUCUAAGAGGAAAAUUUCUAGGGAAAUUUUUCAGAGAAAGAUGGCUUUUGCAAAACACUUCUAUGAACAAAAACAAUUAAAAUUAAAGUUACAGCAGUGGAGCGAUUGGGUGAAGUUUCGCCAUGAACAACACAAAACAGCAGCAAGGAGGCUUGGGAGAAUCUUUGAUUGCUCUUUACAGAUGAUUGUCUUAAAGGCUUGGCGAAAACAGACUGGCUUUACUAAAAAGGCUAAAAAAUACAGUGAGCAAAUAGUAGAAGAUUCUGAAGAUUUUCUUAGUGUUGACUAUCAUGGUGAGAAACGUGAAAAACGUGAAAGGCAUGAAAAGCAUGAAAAACAGGAGAAAGAAAAAAGUCACUCUUUAAAACAUUCACAUGAAGAUUAUAUAUCAGCACCACCUAUAAAAUCUGGCAGAGAUCAUAUGGCAAAACUGCCAGAAAGAGCAGUGGCCCAGGUCUUCCAUUAUUUAACUAUAAUCGAUUUGGCAAGAUGUGCUCAGGUUAACCGAAAUUGGAAAGCAAUGACACAAAUGGGUUCAGUAUGGAGUAAUAUUAAUUUUUCUGCAGUAAAAGAGAAGAUUAAAGAUAACAUAGCCGGAAAUAUUUUGCUGAAGUGGCAUACUAAUGUGCUGAAUUUGAAUCUUCGUGGUUGUUCUACUCUUUAUUGGUUUACUUUUAAAAAUAUUGCUCACUGUAAGAAUUUGCAAGACUUAAAUGUCACUGAAUGCCAAGGGUUAAGUGAUGAACUAAUAAGGCUUGUAACAGAAGGUUGCCCGGCAAUCCUUUACUUAAAUUUAUCUCACACAGAUAUCACAAAUGGAACACUAAGACUUCUGUCAAGGGGAUGCCCCAAUUUACAGUAUUUAAGUUUAGCUUAUUGCAGAAAAUUCACAGACAAUGGCUUACUGUACCUCGGCUCUGGAAGAGGGUGUCACAAGCUCAUCUACUUGGAUAUUUCAGGCUGCCUCCAGCUUACAGUGGAAGGCUUCAGGAAUAUUGCUGACAGCUGCAGUGGUAUCAAACACUUGAUCAUUAAUGAAAUGCCCACUCUAUCAGACAGAUGUAUUCAGGCUUUAGCUGAAAAAUGCCAUCAGAUUGUGUCUGUUGAAUUUAAUGAAUCCCCACAUGUUUCUGAUGCAGCUUUUAAAGCACUUGCUAAAUGUAAACUUGUCAAGAUGAAAAUACAAGGGAGUAAUCAGAUUACUGACCUAACUUUCAAACUCAUAAGCAAAUCCUGGCCUCAUAUGAAACACAUUUGUGUGACUGACUGCCAGAAGAUAACAGAUUUGAGUCUCAAGAUGAUUGCACCGCUGCCUGAUAUUGUUGUACUGAAAUUAUCAGAUUGUAUAAGAGUCAGUGAUGGAGGACUAAAAGCAUUUACUGAUGGUGCUUCAGGCUCAAAUAUACGAGAACUCAGCUUGGCCAAUUGUUCCUAUAUCACUGACAGUGCUAUCACAAAAAUAGCCCACAGGUGCCACAAUCUGAUUUAUCUGAAUCUGCGUUAUUGCCAAUCUGUGACUGAUGCUGGAAUUGAUGCUUUAACACAGAUCUCCUCACUUGCAUAUCUUAAUAUUUCUGGAAUUAAUGUCACAGACCAGGCUAUGGAUGCUCUUGGCAAACUCUGGAAAAUAAAGGAGAUUAUUAUAUCAGAAUGCAGGCUAUUAACUGAUACAGGAAUUAAGAGAUUCUGCCUUGAUUUAAGACGCCUAGACCACGUUGAUUUAUCUUAUAACCAGCAGUUAACAAAUAAUUCGUUAAAAAAUUUGGCAUUCAACUGCCACAGAAUUACAAUUCUAAGUGUGACUGGUUGUCCCAAGGUCACUGAUACCGGCAUUCAGUUUGUGGCUGCAGAAUGCCCUUUUCUGCACUAUUUGGAUAUUUCAGGCUGCAUGUGUAUUACUGACAGAACACUUAAGUGUCUGUGGAAAGGUUGCCAACAACUUCGAAUUCUUAAGAUGCUGUACUGCCCAAAUAUUACCAGACAAGCAGUUUCAAAAUUUGCACCAAGGCUCCAGAAAUACGAAUACAACGAUGAAGAACCUCCUCAAUGGUUUGGUUAUGAUACCAAGGAUGACACACCCAUUCCAAAGAAACAUAAAAAACCUCGGCCAAGCAUAGAGCCAAGUAUAGAGUCCAGUUCACCCUCCAUGCUAUCCCCCUCAGCAGAAAAAAGUGUGGAAUUCAGUCUCCCCCCACAGUAGAACCUCCACAGAAUACUGGUAAUCAUAUAUGUUUAAUAGCCUUAAGCACAAAGAAUUGAAAUGCAAACUCAUUUUUGUUUUGUUUAAGAAGAUAAUGAUGCAUUGUCUUAAGAUUGUUUUUAGUUUGAUAGCUAGUACAAGUCAUCCUAGAAAACAUUGUUACUGUCUUUCCUAAUUAGUUCAGUCAAAUAAAUGUUAUUAUUUUGUUCAGUUCUUCUUUGAACACCAGUCAGCAAAGAGCUUAGUUUUCUCUACAAAUAAUUAACAUAAUUUGUGUACAGUUUAGUGUACAUUUAAGAAAAUUAAGUUGGUAUUUUUCUGGUUGUUGAAGACAGCAUUCUGCCCCUUAGUAAGCUCAGAUUUCCCCAGCUGUCACUCAAACUAAGGAGGCCUUAAAAAGAAAAAAAGGUGCAUUUUAUCUAUGGAGUAUCUUGUGUAUCUUGCGUUGAGAUAGUUUGUAUGCCAAUCAGUUUCACCCACACGUUACCUAAAAUGCACAAGUGAAACACAUAUUCCUCAAAUAAUAAACAUUCUUUAUUGUUUACUUAUUA